UCUUUGUUUUUCGACCUGUCUGGUGGGAGAGACGCGCAUACGAGAAGCAUCCGUUUAAAGUUUGCUAUAAUUUCGCUCCAACAGGAGCGUUUUCGCGACCAUGUUCGAUUUGUAACUUAACACCUUGGAAUGAUUUUCUUCGUUGAAUGAUUUUUAAUCGCGUGUACUGACAGCUGGGUUCAUAUUAUCGUCAAAGCAUGUUCGGUAUGCAGGUCUGAAUGUUUAAACUUGUCUGGCGAGACGAAUUUUAAAGGCAAAGUUUUUAGCGUUUUCGCGAGGAUCACCACGCCAUAUUUUGCAACUAGAAGACGACUUUUGAAUUGAAGAUACUGCGAAGCGAAAGAGAUACACUAAUUGAAGAAAGAAUUUGUCAGAAUUCGAAGAUGAGCACAAGCGUAUCUAAGUCGAGAUCCCCCGUGGAGCGCUCGUACUCUUCCGCCUCCUCGACGACGAGCAGUCGGCGGUCGGGCCGACGAAAACGAAGGCGCAUGAAGCACACAGUGAUGCCGUUAAAGAAACGUCCAGAACGCAACGCUGUGGCCUGCGAUGUUCACCGCGUGUCUAAUUUAGAUCACGAAGCGAUGGAGCAAAGUUCUUGCUUCUGGGUGGCAAAAAAUGUCGACAAUCCUUCGGAGCGUAGUUUUAAAGAGGAUGUUUUUGUCAACAAAGACCAAGACUCCUCGGAUGAGGAAAUGUCGUACCUGGACGAGUCAAGACGGUCGCAGACCUCAGGUGAAUUCGCGCACGAGUUUCGCACGGAUACUCACGAGACGCGCACGGAGACUCACGAAAGAUUCAACGAGUACAAUACUGAUGAAAAAGAGAAUAAUGCAAAAUAUGCUAAUGAGAAGGAGAGAACCGACGGUAAAUAUGACGAAGAAAAGAACGACGCGAAUUAUUCAGAAGAGAAAACGUUCUACGGCGUGCGCAAAGGACGAGUAAAGGAUGGCAAUGACGUGGAACGUGUUUCUUCUGUUUCUUCGCCUCGUAACCGAUCACGAGUCAGCUCGUAUUCCGACGAUGGUCAAAGUGGUUUCAGCAGCGAGGGGACUGGUAUGCAUGUCGGUUGGACAUCGGAUGUUGGCGUUUCGUCAGAGCAGGAGUAUUCGGUCAUGACAGACGAGGAGAGUGAAGGGGGACACAAGAGGACCCGAAGGAAUAGCAAGGAAUUUUAUGGAUAUCGAAAGAAAGACGGAGAGAGAGUUGAGGAAGAAUUUCCAGCACGAAAAAUCCGAGAACGAAAGAGCAACGAGGAGAACGUCGUCAUUGCAACAGACGUGACAGUAACGAAAACUACCGAAGCGGAAAAUUUUGCAGAUAACGAGACGGGAGAUUUGUAUGAAACUGAUAAGUAUAAAGAAAAUGCUCAAAUAGAUCGUGAAUUUUAUACCAAAGAAGAGAUAGAGGGUUCACGAUACUCUGAAUAUAACAGCAGUGGCGUGCGCCCAGGUCUAAAUGCCAGAGGUGACUUUGAAUCCCGGUAUUCUGAAACUCCCCGUUAUAAGUCCCCGGAACAAGUUGACGUUGGAGAUUUUGAGCCGCCCAUUAAUGACCAAGGAGAGUUUGUAUCUCGACAAUACGAGCCCUCGGGACAGAAUAAUCGGAGAACCGGAGGACGUUUUCCACCUGGGAAAACAAGCACUCCUACCGGACAUGUGUACCCAUCCUCGGAUACAGAAUUGGUAAACUUUAGAAGUUUUGAUAUCGACAUCGAACAACAGAGCGAUCGGUCGCUUCCUCUGGGCGGUCACAAAACCAAGACACAGUACUACUCGGUCGAGGACUUGAUCCGAGCGGCGAAAGAAGAGGAGGAGAAUUUAGAGAAAGCGGACAGCGGAUCCGAUGGUCCUGAGGUACCCCGAGGGUACGGGGAGUACGAAAAAUAUGAACCACCGCGAGAAACACGAAUGGUUGACGAGCCAGUCCAUGGAUCCCACGAAGAUCACCCAGACUCUGGAAGCCAAGGUGAUGGACCCGCAUCUGAUCAGCCCCGUGAAGAGCCUCGACCAAAUGGAAUGGAUUAUGAAACAUCACGAGUAAUACCAACUUCUUACGAUGUAAAAUCCCAACGUCCUCUUCUUGUUUCAAGGCGGGAAAAGGACACAGAUGGCCAAGAAAAGGAGGAUCCGAGAGAUGGAACAGUGGAGGGGAAUGUACAUUCGGGGAGAUAUGGGGAUAGCAGGGAAUUUUAUGGCUAUAGACGUGCUGAGGUUGGAAAUGAGUACGAAGAUAAUAACAAGGAGACGUUAGGUGGUGAACAGUAUGGUAAAGAAAAUGACAGCAAUCGUCCAACAGAAGAUAACAAGGUGGGUUCACAGAACGGUAAGGACGUAGAGAGCGAUGAUGAAGGUGAAUUUGAAGAAAGUAAAGAGUUUUAUGGGUACAGAAAGCCGCCGAAGCACGAGGCUGAACCACAGGACGAUGCGCGUCAGCAGUAUGACGAAAAAAAGAGCAGCAGUCAUCAGUCAGAAGAUAGGAAAUAUGAACAGACAAAUGAGUUUUAUGGCUAUAGAACAACGAAGGCGGGAGGCCAGUUUCCGAGGGAGGGAAUCCCACAAUAUGGUCAGAAAAGAGACAACGCUCGACCACCAAACGGAGACUGGGGACAAAACCAAGAGUUUUAUGGAUAUCGUCAGUCCGAGACUUCAAACGGUUUUGUAAGGCCAGAGCACGAACAACAACAAACCAGUGACAAUACAACAACAACUCACACUUUCAAGGAGAGUAAGCAGUUUUAUGGAUACAGGACAUUUGGAUCUUCUGAGAAUAUUUCUAAGAAAGGUCGAGGCGGUCGAGAAGGUCAAACCGAAAGCAGAGAGUUUUAUGGAUACAGGACAUUUGGAUCUUCCGAGAAUAUUUCUAAGGGUCGAGGCGGUCGAGAAGGUCAAAUUGAAAGUAAAGAGUUUUAUGGAUACAGGACAUUUGGGUCUUCUGAAAAUGUUUCAAGAGAUCCUCGGGGAGUUCGUGAUGGUCAAAUUUGGGAAGAAAGCAAGGAGUUCUUUGGCUUCCGGCGACGCCAAGUUGUCGACGGUCAGACUCAUUUCGCUGUGAGCGGACAUCAGGAUCGGCCAUCCUCUCCAUUUCAGAGAAAGAUGGAGGGAAAACCACUUUAUCUCGAGUCAGCAGACCAUAAGAAUCAAUCCUUAGAAACAGGAUCAUACGAAAAACGACCUUACGAGAAUGAAACCUACGACAAACGGCCGCCCUCGAACGAACAACCCUACGAGGGACAUCCCUACGCAAAGCAGUCUCCCUUCGAAGAACGCCCUUACGAGAAACAAGGCACGAGAAACAACCACCUCCGGAGAAGCGCCCUGAUGAACGUAUAACCAGAACGAAUGAG